AUGGUCAACUCCUGUUGUGGAUCCGUCUGCUCAAACCAGAGCAGUGGCCAGGAGGCCUGCUGCCACCCCAGCUGCUGCCAGACCACCUGCUGCAGGACCACCUGCUGCCGCCCCAGCUGCUGUGUGUCCAGCUGCUGCCGCCCCACCUGCUGCCAGACCACCUGCUGCAGGACCACCUGCUGCCGCCCCAGCUGCUGUGUGUCCACCUGCUGCCAGCCCACCUGCUGCCAGCCCUCCUGCUGUGGUUCCAGCUGCUGUGGCUCCAGCUGCUGCAGGCCCAGCUGCUGCAUCUCUAGCUGCUGCCGUCCCACCUGCUGCCAGACCACCUGCUGCAGGACCACCUGCUGCCGCCCCAGCUGCUGUGUGUCCAGCUGCUGCCAGCCCUCCUGCUGUGGUUCCAGCUGCUGUGGCUCCAGCUGCUGCAGGCCUAGCUGCUGCAUUUCCAGCUGCUGUCGCCCCACCUGCUGUGGAUCCAGCUGCGGUGGCUCCAGCUGCUGUGGCACUAGCUGCUGCCGCCCCUCCUGCUGCUGCCCCUCCUGCUGCCUGCGCCCAGUCUGUGGCCAGGUCUCCUGCCACACCACUUGCUAUCGCCCCACCUGUGUCAUCUCCACCUGCCCCCGCCCCAUGUGCUGUGCCUCCUCUUGCUGUUGA